AAGGAGAGAGCAAAAAAUUAAAACAUUCUCAAGGUCAGAUGUGUUCAUAAACAUAAAUGCGAAUUGUCUUUCGAUUCUUUCACUCCUAAACCCAUUAUUAAAAUAUUUUGUGAUUGUGAAAUGUGCUUAGGGAUGACGUGGUCUACAUGGGGAGGAGUCGCUUACAAUACAUUCCUUUUGUACAAGCGUUGUCCUGAGCUUCGGAGCUUAAACCGGAAGCGAGCUAUAAAUAACAUUAGCGGGAAAACCCAGAACAUUUUCCAACUUUCGUUACUGAUUUUGUCUUUACGAAAACCCAACAUUUAGAAACUAACUUUUCCGACCUCGAUACACGUGGCAUCUGACAUAUUUUGAUUUUGCAAACAUGAGUCAUCGAGGCGGUGCCCGAGGGGGUCCUCCUGGACCGAACCCAAUUGAGUUCAACUUUGUGUCCACAGAUCAGGACUGCUCUGGGAUACAGAUAGGCGAUGGUAACACGGUGAACAUGAUGAACGUACCGGGCGGAAUGCAGACAAGAAGUCAAGCUCGGGCAGCAGCAGGGGCACCCAAAGUGAAUGUGAAGACACCAAAACGACCUCUGUCCAAGUCUGAAAAUGAGCCCACAAGGGACCAGAUGGACAGAGUGUGCAAAAAACUGACUAAGUACAAUGACACGGCAUGGAAGGACCUAGGGACCAAGCUAGGCCUGACCACUGGGGAACUGGAGACGAUCCACCAUGACCACCGCAUAGAAGGGGACUACGAGCUGAGCUACCAGACUCUAUUGGUGUGGAAAAGACGCCAGCCCACCCCUCCACAAGUCAAGGUUUUAGCUAAAGCACUCUGUGAUAUUGGUAGAGGAGACCUCUCUGACACUCUGACAUAAUCAGGAUUUGUAUCUGGAAAAGCAAAUGUUUAUUCAUUUUUUUAAUGUUUAUCCUACGUCGAAAGUCCAUUGAUAGGUGUGUAAUUUUCCAAGUGGGAUGGAAAUGGGCCUUUGCCAUCUUCACAAUGAAUUUUGUCGCUUGCAAAAGGAUGAAUCUUUUAUACAACACUGUACUUUAUUUAAAUUUCAUAACGUACAUUUGCAAAAACACAAAUGACCAGCAACUGAGUUUUGUUUAAAUUUCAUAACCCCAAGGGUUGCGUUGUACAACGUGAUCUUAACGCUAAGGUUAUCGUAACUCUCAUACCUCCCAUACGUAGCGCUAAGGUGAUCGUAACUCCCUACCUUCCAUUACAUAGUGCUAAGGUGAUCAUAACUCCCGUUCAAAGCACUAAGAUGAUUAUAACUUUACCAAGUUUUCCUAUAAUAAUUAGAUCCACAUCAAGUGCUUUUAUGAGUUAUCAUGGUGUAAUAUUAUACAUCAUGAUAACUCAUAAGAGCACUUCUAAUUAUUAUUGGAAAACUUAGUAUAAAUGUCAUAUCAUGAUAACUCCCUUACCUCCCACACAUAGCGCUAAGGUGAUCAUAACUCCCUACCUCCCAUACGUAGUGCUAAGGUGAUUGUGAGUCGGAUACUUUCCAUAGGUAGUGCUAAGGUGAUUGUAACUCCCAUCCGUAGUGCUAAGGUGAUCGUAACUCCCAUACGCAGUGCUAAGGUGAUCAUAAGUCAUCCAUCACUUGGAGCAGAUGAUGUAGACUGACAUUCGUUGUUCCAUCUUCCAUCCAUCCAACUUCAAAUGCGAUAAGUUUUCUCUGAAACCACUAUGGAUUCAAUGAUGACAAUUUCAUACAUCAUACCCUCUAGAUGACAUAUUGAAUUCAUCAUUAAGUGAUGAAUAUGUUGUCAUGUUUGAAAACUGCCAUCAAGAAUUAGUGUUUAGCACCCUUUAGUUUGCUUUUGCUCAAAUGAGGUAACGGUGCGUUUCAAGAACAUAACAUAUAAACCGUUUCAUAUAUCUUCAUGAGACUCUGUUUACACAUCAGCCAUUUGCUGAACUAGUGACUUUGAUGUUCCGGAAUUUUUUUUUUAAAUUUCAAAGUUCAAAUUGGGGUCCCUUUUUGUGGUGUAAAACAUUUCAUUAUUUCUCCAUGAAACUUUGCAAUGUAUUAUACUAGGUAGGACUGGUGCCUAUUUUCACAGAAAUUGAAACUAUUAAAUACAAUUGUGAACAUGCACAGAUGGUGGCGGAUAUGAAUGACUUUGUCUCCGGGGUGUCACAAACAUGUCAACAUUUAGGCUUGUGUAGCAGCCAUAAACUUUCUGAGUCUGUGAUGGGAUCGGACCAUCUGAUCCGAGGUCGGACGCCUUGUCCGCAUGACCAAAGGGUUUAACCCCAUCAUCAGGCUGACAAGAUAAGGAUUUCAUCUGUGAGAUGACUCUACGCCCUGCUACAUACUCCCCCGUCAACAGAAGGUACUGAGGCUUAUUUUGCUCAAAUGUAAUAUUAACUUGCUCAGACCCACGUUGGGCGCCAAUGUAGCGGCCACAAAAUUUUCGAGUCCCAAGGAUUUGAAACACCGACCUUCUGAUCCGAGGUUGGACGCUUUGUCCACAUGAAAUAGAGGUUAACCCCUUCAGCAUGCUGACAAGGUGCGGAUGUCAUCUGUGGGAUGACUCCAUGCCCUGCUACACUUCUAUAGCAUCCUCCAACUCCCCAAACCCUCUAACUUUUGGCCAUCAGCAGCUUGUUGCAGACUUGGCUCAGGUCUGUGAUCUCAUGAAGAUUAACUGGUAAGUAUCCAGUGGCAACAUUACACUGUUUGCUUUUCGUGUUCUGAGUACGAGUUAUUGGUUUCCCAUUGUUUGAAUCCCCAGGGACCAUAUCCGUAUAGGGUCUCCGGAAUCCCUAGUGCUUACAGAUGGUCAACUGUGGUCAGUUUCGCAGAAUCAUUGUAAAGAUCUAAUAGAUCUAUCAUCCAUAAAAACCCAUUCCAAGUGUUCUGUCUAUUUUCCAAAAAUAACAGAAACAUGAAGAUCAUCAUAAUUUUUGUAAAAUUCAUUGAUAUCAGCCUGUGAUAGUGUUUGAGUCCCUAUUUGUUUGCUUGGGUGAUUAAAUGACAGCUGGCAAAUUAGUUCUGUAUGUAUUUGUAACUCACAUGGAUUUGUAGAGGUUGAACAUAACCUUGCUUGAAAAGGUUUGUCAGUGUUCCCGUUUAGGUUAAGACCAGUAAUUCAUGUGACUGUCAGUCCCUGUGGACCUUAUAGAGUACCUUAUAAAUCGUUGUUGCUGAACAAAAUAUCGGUGAUAUUCAUAAAGUACAUUUUUCUAACAAAUUCAGCUUGUCUGUUACCAUCAGGGUUUCCCCUUGUCUAUUUCUAGGUUAAAUAUCCAUUUGUAGCGACUUCGUCUUAAAAUAUGAUAAAAAAAGAAGAGUAAUUUGUGACUGAAGUUUGUGUGAAUGACGUAUAGAUCUAACUUUGUUACUUCAAAAUGACAUAUUUGCACUGAACAUGAUGUUGAAAGAAUUAAAACCAAAUAAUUUCCAUGCGUUUUUAUAUUUGUUGAAAGUUGGGACUGGCAAAAAUUAGGGGGGACUGGUAAUUUUUAGAGUUUCCUGUCCACAAGGACUGGCAGUUUCAAAAGCCAGCGGGAACACUGUUUGUGUGUGUUGAGAUUAAUGUCCUGGUGCAUGGGGUCAGUUGUCCACUGGUUGUAGACUGGAAUGGAUUGAACAACCUGGACUCUCCAACAAAGCUUUGUUUCAGGAGUGAUGUCCCAAUCUCUAUCAUUUCCACCGCUAACCUAUCACAUCAUGUCUAGCCCAUGAGAGAACUUUGAUUGGAUGGCUAGUUCUAGCAUCAUGUCAUAAUGAAGCGACUUAAAGGUAGCAAAUAAGCUCAGGGUAUUUAUCAUCACAGAAUUGAGAUAUAAUACAGCUGGAGUCGUGAGACCUUCCUUUUUGUAUACAUGUAGUCAAACUGCAUGACAUUGUAUAUUGUCAAAUUGUUCAUGUGCCAUUAGUGGUAUGCACAUUUUGUAACUCUGCCUCCAUCCGUGAAGAUUAGCUCCCUUUCCUUGUCUCAUCCAUGGCAGUUCAAUAAACACCGGUUCCAAUGCUGGAUGGUUGAGUGACCUCCGUGGUCAGUACUGGCGAUGUACGUACUUAGCAUCAUUUUUCAAGGGUCACCUAGGUAUGUAGUGUCAAACAUGAACAUAUGCCAACAAGUGUCAAUAAUUCUGAGCAUGUUGAAAAUGUGAUUAACAGUUGAAGAACACAUUGUUUAUGCCUGUGUCACAGUGAUAGGAUGCUUUCAUGAAACCGGAAUAAUGGACGACUAUUAAAAACAAUAAAAAAUGCAAGACUGAAGGUGAUAAAAAAAGUUACGCAAAACACAAUCCUGUAUUCUAAUGUCUAUUUGAAAGAGUUGAGUCCCAAGAUAUACCCUGAUUUUGUUUCUAGGUUUGUCAGCACCAUACCCGUGCUCGUUGGUUUCACAGGAGUGGUAAACGUCUGAGACCUGCAUCACUUCAGGCUUUCCUCCCACAGUAAGCUGACACGCUGUGAUAUAACUGGAAUACUGUUAAAAGCGAUGUUAAACCCAACUCACUCACUAACUCUGGUUGUCUCACUUCUCUUCGGCUUGUCAAGGUAAUUGAAAGGACACAGGUGGCCCAGUGGCCUCUGGAUAGGAACUUGCCUGCUGUGCAAAGUAACAUCCCUAAGCAGUGUCAGGAUCUGGUCUGAUCUCAGCUGACAUCCCAUGAUAUUACUGAUAUUUUUCAAAGAGACAUUAACCCAAAUGAUCUAGUUUCUGAUGUCAGUAAGCAUAGGAAGCAUUGAUACAUGUGUUGAAGACUUCUUGACCAGUGGAAUCAGUAUUUGUUUUGUUAUAUUGUGUAAUUAUUAGCUUUAAAAGUACAUGCAUAAAAAUGCUUUAACAAAGUACUGAUUGUUAAUUUCUAGCUGGUAUAUUGUUGCAUCCAAUUGGGAGUGUAAUUCUGACUUUGUUUCUGAUGUCAAUACUCAGUGGGCAUGGGGGCCCAGUCAUCCAAGGCACCACAUUUUGCGGUGCAGAGUUGCAGCCCUUGGUCAGGCCAGAAAUAUGAUUGUGGGUUCGAAUCCCAGUUUGCCCCACCGAUUAUGUUUCCGAGUUUGUCAGCACUAUGCCCAUGCUCGUAUUUAAAGACUGAAAUCUGCAUCACUUCAGGCUUUCCUCCCUCAUUAAGUUGAGAUGCUGUGAUAUAACUGGAAAACUGUUCAAAGCAGUUUUAAUCCCAACUUACUCAUUCACUCCAAUGAAGAAUUGAUAUAUGUGCCAGUGAAGCAAGUAUGUUCAGUUUUUGUUUUGUUAUUCUUUGCUUUAAAAGGGCUUGUUUAAAAUGCUUCAACAAAG